GCCAACAUCACCGGGUAUCUCUGUCCUGCAUUAACAUUCCGCUCAUGAGAAUCGGCGUGUGCUCGAACACAGACGGAGAUACGGGGUAACACACACACACACACACGCACUGGCAAACGACGGAAAGAGCGGAGCAGCUCGGUUCGGCUCGGUUCGACUCAGCUCGGUUCUUUGAAUCCGCCAGUCGUGUCGUGAUACCAGGGCCAGGGAGGGACUCGUUUCUUCGUCCAGCUAUACCUGACUCUCACACCAGUGUUGCGUUUGGAUGUUUUUUCUUCUUCUGGUUAAUCUCUAAUUGCACAAUGCGCACUUUUCCCUCGUGAUCACUUCACCGACGCGCACGAGUCCUCUUUCAGGUUGUGUCUACUUGCUAUAAGUUGCAUGGCUGCUUAAGCAACGUCCACCCUGAUCCAAGUUUACCAGUCCUAAUCUGUGCCUUGUCUCUACCCCGGGAUCCAUACUGAUCAACGGCAUCUAUAAUAACUCACAUUUCCACAAAACCUUCUUAACAGAAAUGUUCUCUUUCUGACAUCUGCCCCAAAACAAGCAGUGAGGGAUAAGAGCCUUGCUCAAAGGCCCAAGAGGAGCGGACAUAUAACCAUUACAGUCCAAUCUUCUUUGAAAAUACUAUCCAUUUUCCUGGCCCUGUUCCCUUUCAAGCAGCAACCAUUCGGCCCUCGCUUGCCACAGCGGUCCUGCCAUCCAGGCCCCGCUCCCACCAGGCGCCCAGCAUGGCGCCCCAGGGGCGGGAACACCUGGUGGCGAGGGAGCAGCAGCAAGGUGCGCGACGACGAAGCCCUCAUCUCCGACACACUCUGAGCCCUGAAAACCUGAGGAGCUUAGCUGAACGCGGCGGCACUGACGUGGCAGCAGCUGGCACAGCAGGACUCACUCGCGCUAACAGUGACACAGACCUGGUCAGUUCACAGGGUCGCUCUUCCCUCACAGCCUCUACGCUGGAGUUCACCCUCGGCCGUGGACAGAACCUGGUCAUCUCCUGGGACAUUAAAGAGGAGGUCGACGCUACUGACUGGAUCGGACUCUAUCACAUAGAUGAGACCUGUCCCUCAAACAUGUGGGACUGUAAGAACCGUGGUGUGAACGGCACACAGUGUGGCCAAAUAGUCUGGAGGCUGGAGGCUGGUCCGUACUUCCUGGAUGCUGAGACCAGAAUCUGCUUCAAAUACUAUCAUGGUUUGACUGGAGCUUUGAGAGCAACAACGCCUUGCAUCACAGUCAAGAAUCCUCGAUUUUCAGCUGACAGCCAAGGAGAAGGACAGCUGACUUCAGACACGAGCCGAAAACUGCUCAGCUUCACCUUGUCAGAUAUCCGAGCUGUGGGAUUGAAGAAAGGCAUGUUUUUUAAUCCUGACCCUUAUCUAAAGAUGAGUAUUCACCCAGGCAAGAGGAGCGGCUUCCCCACCUUCUCCCAUCACGGCCAAGAGAGACGAUCUGGAAUUACAACCAACACUACAAACCCUGUGUGGCAUGGAGAGAGACACACAUUUGUGGCCCUGAUAACUGAUGUCCUAGUAAUCGAAGUUAAGGACAAGUUUGCUAAAAGUCGGCCAAUCAUUAAACGCUUCCUGGGUCAGCUAAACAUUCCUGUUCAGAGGCUGCUGGAAAGACACGCAUCAGGGAACCAAUCCCUGAGCUUCUCCCUCUGCCGGCGCUUGCCUACUGAUAAUGUAAGCGGUCAGAUGCAGUUUAAAGUGGAUAUAACUUCCACUAAUCAGGACGAUGUCACCCCUGAGUCAAUCCUUGGGGCAGUAGCCCUUAAUGGACCCCCGGGUACCCCUUCAGAUGAUGAAGAUUUGCCUCAUCCUCUUCCUCUCUCUUCCGGCGUUCUGUACCCUGCCCGCUCCCAUAGUUUCCGUCGAAAUGGUGAAGAAGGUGGUGCUCUAUCACCUGAUGCCGAGAUUAGCUCUGGUGCUCUGGAUGAAGAAGCUCUACCAUCCCUCAGCAUACUUCAUCGAACAUCAAGUGAGCAGCUUGAUGCAAUCGAGGCGCCCAAAGGACCAGGUGAGCGUCCAAUGGGUGCAGCAUCUCCAAAACUGAGCUCCAGCUUUCCUACCCACUCCCGCCUCAGUGACAUGCUUCACAUCGACUCUGACGAGGAUGAGGAGAGGUCUGUUGGUAUUGAUCCCAUACCGCCCGCCCUGAACGGCCUCACCAGAUGUCCUGUAAUGUUCCACAAACCAGAAGAUCUUGAGGAACUGAGGGGGCCACCAGAAGAAGUUGGGCUAGAGUCAGAGGUGGACACUUUGAGUUUAGGGACUGAGGUGGUUCUGAAGCCAGAGGUUCCAUCCAGUUCUGUGGCUCCACAAGUAGAGACAGCAAGUUUGUUGGAGAGACAAGAUGAAGGAGAGCAAGAAGAAGAAGAAGCACUGGGACCCAGUGAGGAGUUGGCCACAGAGGUGGAUAUCUCCUCCAUGGCAUCUGACUGUGGCCCCAUGCCUGUGUCUGCUGUUCAGGAAGCAGAACAAGGGGCAGAGAUGGCUAUAGAUCCAGGGGGAGGAGAUCUCUCAGAUGACCCACCCACAAGCUACGAGGUCAUUGAUGCUGGAGGCGAACCUCCUCCGACUGAUGAGUUUGAACUACACACACCGCCUCCAGAGUUACUGGCCAAUGAGGAUGAAGACGAGGUGGAGGAGGACACCAUGUCUCGGAGGUGGAGUCUGGAGGCAACAGCUGGCGUGUCACAGGAGGAGGACGAGGGGGAGGAGCUAAUGCAUUCAGGUGAUGGUGGCUCCGUGGACUCUGAGACUUUUGCUACAGAUACAAACACAGAUCCAGGUCCUGCUCAGCUAAACGGGCAUCAACAAGUUAAUUCGCUUCCCUCUGUAAGACAAGACAUUCACCGGUACCAGCGUGUGGACGAGCCGCUUCCACCCAACUGGGAGGCUCGGAUAGACAGUCACGGCCGUAUCUUCUUCGUGGAUCAUGUGAACCGGACCACUACAUGGCAGAGACCCACAGGCCCUCCUGCUCCUCAGGGCUUAACCCGCUCCAGCUCCAUCCAGCAGAUGGAGCAGCUCAAUCGCAGGUACCAGAGCAUCCGCAGAACAAUGACCAGUGAGAGGAGUUCAGAGGAACAAAGUGUAGACUUUCCUCCUGCCGAUGAUAUGGAAAUGCUUUCUCAUUCCGUGUCCGACUACCGUAGAGACGGAUCUUUGGCUCAGACCAGCUCUCACUCCCGGCUCUCCCUGCUGCUUCAGUCUCCUGGAGCCAAGUUUCUCUCCAGUCCUGACUUCUUUACUGUGCUGCAUUCCAACCCUAGUGCCUAUCGCAUGUUUACAAGCAACACGUGUCUGAAGCACAUGAUCAGUAGAGUUCGGCGGGAUGUGCAGCACUUUGAACGCUACCAGCACAACCGAGACCUGGUCACCUUCCUCAACUUGUUCUCCAACAAGCAGCUUGAGCUGCCGCGUGGCUGGGAGAUGAAACACGACCACACUGGCAAGCUCUUCUUUGUGGAUCACAACUGCCGUGCCACAACAUUCAUCGACCCGCGGCUACCCCUACAGAGCUCACGCUCCAGCGGCCUCUUGGCCCAUCGACAGCGUCUGAGCCGCCAAAGGAGCCACAGUGCUGGCGAGGUACAGAUGGCGGAUGACUCUCGCUCCCCGAGCCCACCCAUGCAACCUCGACCCUCAAGCACGUUUGCUGGGUCCGGUCGCAACCAUUAUCAAGACCUGGUACCUAUGGCUUACAAUGAGAAAAUUGUGGCGUUCCUUCGACAACCAAACAUCUUAGAGAUCCUACAGGAGAGGCAACCGGAGCUUGUGAGAAACCAUUCCCUCAAAGAGAAAGUUCAGUUUAUUCGGAAUGAAGGUGCGGCUGGAUUGGCUCGGCUCUCGAGUGACGCAGAUUUGGUGAUGCUGCUCAGUCUUUUUGAAGAGGAAGUGAUGUCAUAUGUGCCUCCCCAUGCCUUACUGCACCCCAGUUACUGUCAUGCCUCCCCACAAAGCUCCCCUGGAACUCCUCGUGCAAAUGCUCGCGCACCUGCACCUUAUAAACGAGACUUUGAGGCUAAACUCAGAAACUUUUAUCGCAAACUGGAGACAAAGGGUUAUGGGCAGGGCCCAGGAAAAGUGAAACUGAUCAUCCGCAGAGAUCACCUACUGGAAGAUGCCUUUAACCAGAUCAUGUGCUACUCACGUAAGGAUCUGCAGAGAAGCAAACUGUACGUCAGCUUCGUAGGGGAGGAGGGGUUGGACUACAGUGGACCGUCCAGAGAGUUCUUCUUCUUGGUGUCCCGUGAGCUCUUUAACCCAUAUUAUGGACUAUUCGAAUACUCGGCCAAUGACACCUACACUGUGCAGAUCAGCCCAAUGUCGGCCUUCGUGGACAACCACCACGAGUGGUUCCGGUUCAGUGGGAGAAUUUUGGGCCUCGCUCUGAUUCACCAGUACCUCCUGGAUGCCUUCUUCACUCGGCCGUUCUAUAAAGGCCUGCUGCGUAUUCCGUGUGAUUUGAGUGACUUGGAGUUUCUGGAUGAGGAGUUUCAUCAGAGCCUGCAGUGGAUGAAGGACAACGACAUUGAGAACAUGCUAGAUCUCACAUUCACCGUCAAUGAGGAGGUGUUUGGUCAGAUUACAGAGCGGGAGCUGAAGCCUGGAGGAGCUGGUGUCCCAGUGUGUGAGAAAAAUAAGAAGGAGUACAUCGAGCGCAUGGUGAAGUGGCGUAUCGAGAGAGGUGUGGCUCAGCAGACAGAGAGCCUGGUGCGAGGCUUCUAUGAGGUUGUUGAUGUGAGGCUGGUGUCUGUAUUUGAUGCCCGCGAACUGGAGCUGGUCAUUGCUGGAACUGCAGAAAUCGACCUGGCUGACUGGAGAAGCAACACUGAGUAUCGAGGAGGUUAUCACGAUGGUCACAUCGUGAUCCGAUGGUUUUGGGCAGCGGUGGAGCGUUUCAACAAUGAGCAGAGACUGAGACUUCUUCAGUUUGUCACAGGCACUUCUAGUGUUCCUUAUGAAGGCUUUGCAUCUCUCCGAGGGAGCAACGGACCACGACGCUUCUGCGUCGAGAAAUGGGGCAAAGUUACUUCCCUUCCAAGGGCUCACACCUGCUUUAACCGCUUGGAUCUUCCCCCAUACCACUCCUUCUCCAUGCUUUAUGAGAAGGUGCUCACUGCAGUGGAAGAAACAAGCACGUUUGGUCUGGAGUGAGGAUCUUACACAGUCUCUCCUCACUGAUUGUGUUGUGUUUUUUAAAAUAUGAAACCUUUUUUGCCUUUUAUUCUAUAUCCCGAUCCUCAUCUCCAGUCUUAAUAAUGCCCCCCCCACCCCCCUCUGCUAUGAAACCAGGAUUAUGUGACUAAUGCAUGACGGCUCUUUCUGGGACCUUUUCCUUCUGGGUCUUCAAACACACAAACAUAUGGUGAAUGCAUUAGAUAUUGAGCAGGAACAUAAACACUAGUAUUUCUAGUUAAUACAGAAAUUCCUUCUUAUGCACAAAGCCUACUAACACAGUAAAUAGCGGUUACACUAAAAUCCUCUGCAAACAUUAUACAGUAUAUUCACCCACUUUCACCGGAGAGAAGACAAAUCCACAGUGUACAAAAUAAACAGAUGAAUACAGCAUACUCACAUUUCUCACAUUACACCGAUCGGGUGGAUGAUUUGUGUUACAGCAAGUCGCUCAGCACUACUGUAACCUUAGAGCUUGUUCCUCAUCGAAACAGAGUGACGCCUUUAUUUAAAGAUGAAUCUCGUGUGCAAGACAGAUGAGGAAUUUAACCCACUUUUGUGGAUAUUGUGUUUUUCUGUCGUGUAUUAGUGGGGAUGAAUCUGUGCCACAUUUAAUUACAAUUAUUUUAGACACAUUUUGCUUCUAAUGAAUACCUUUGUAGAAUAUGAUAAAAUGGCUAGAGAAGGUGUAAUUAUCUGCUGCGUUUGCACAGCGUGGUCUGUGUAACGGAAAACAACGAGCGAAGGUUUACUUCCACAGAACAAAUCGUGUCAGAACGGAAUGCCACCCACCUUGAAACGUGAUCUCUUUGUCUUUAUUGCUUUUGACUGUCUGCUGCAUCAAAUGAACCAAAACCAAACGUCAAGCACUCGUUUGCAUGUUAUUACAGAUUUAUCGUGAUCACGUUGCACUCCAGCAGCACUACAUUGCAACACAAUGAAGCUGUAAUGAAAGAGAAUCACGGUGCAGUCUCACGUUCUGAGGGCGUGGAUGAGGUUACAUAGUUUUACAUCAGAACUUCAACACGUUUAUUCUGCUCUAACAUUCAAGGUUUGCAUGACAAUCAGCAAACCUCUGCCCCAGUCUCUUUCACUGCUAAUAGAAAAACAGAUAAAGCUGCACCCCGACUAUCACACCCAUAUAUCCAUGUUGAACAUCUCAUUCCAGAUUUAUUCUCUUCACUGGUAUAAUAAAUUCCACUCAGUACAAGAUGUUGUAGCAUGACUGUGAGAAUUUGUGUUCAUUCAGCUACAAGAGCAUUAGUGAGAUCAGACACUAAUGAUGUAAGAGAAAGGGGGUCUGGGGUUCAGUCAGUGUUCCAGUUCAUUUCAAAGGUGUCAGGGGAUCUGUGCAGGACACUACAGUGAUGUCUUCAUGGAGCUCAGGCGCUUUGUGCACCGGGCAUUGUCAUGCUGCAACACUUCUUUGUCGUUCCACUGAAAGGAAAUUGUGGACUUUGUUUGAGAAAAAAACAAUGCUAACAAUGUUCAGUUGUUAACAUAUAUUUGGCUGUAGAGUGUACUUAAAGGAAACCUCCAUGCUGAAAGACAUUCUUUAAAUUGACAUAUUUGACAAUUGAGAAAUCUGGUGCUAAUUUGUUGGUUGGUGCUGUAUUUAUAUUAUUCCUAUGAGAUUUUAGUGGCAGUCUGACCUCACUGAUGGGAGUGCUGGACUGGCUGAAGGAUUAAAGUACCGCUGCAUCACUGUCUCUUUGAUAGACUUUAAGUUAGGGCACUCAAACAGCAUUUAAUACUAAUAUUAAUAAUUUAGUGGUCAGAUGUCAAGUUCAGGAUUUCUUGUUAAAUAGUAAACCCCUGCUCAUUGUUUCUCAGUUAUAGAGAUGAUAUGCUUUUCCUUUUGCCUUUUUGCAUUUUACAUGGUCACACUGUAUUGAUUGGAUUUAAAUGUGGUACAGAUCCCAUGCUCUAUUUAAUACACACACAGGCUAAUAUUUUCCAGUAUCUUUCUUAUCGUAAUGCUGAACCCGCAUGUCAGUGUGUCUCCUGAGCCACGUUCAACAUCAUGUCCACCAUGAAAUUAAUGUCAGCAUUGCAGUUGUAACUUGUUCAUCUGUGGUUUGUGGUUUAGAGACGAAAGAAGCAGUGCUUAAUGGGGCCUUUGGAUGAUGUCACAGGGAGAAUUGUGGGUCCAAAAAGCUCACAGUGUUGGAUGUAACAUCAUACAAUCUGCUUUUCCAUGUCCAGCUUCAAAAGGAAUAUGGCUUUGUAAGGCAUCAAUUACUUUAUGAUAUUAAAUUUAAAUAUAACAGAACAUAGAAAAUUGACACGAUGGUGGGGAAUAAGCCUUAUAAGAACAUCAAGCCGAAGAUAACGAUAGAGGUCUAGUUGCACGGCUAUGACUUAGUGAUAGUUAGCAACAUUUAGGAGAUGCUAGUUAACUAGUCUUUCAGGGUCUAACAUGGUUUGUUUUCCUAUUGGCCAAAGAUUUAUAAUUCAUCAAUAUUUGUAGCUGUUAGGACAAAUAAAAUUUGGGGUUCAGUGAUUGGGGCACAGAUCCCCUGUUCUUUGCUUGUUCUUCACGCAUGUUCGCUUUAUUGGUUUCCUCCAGGUUCCCCGUUUUCCUCACUAGUCCAAAGACAUAUGCUUUUCUUUAGUGUAUGAAUGUGUGUGCAUGUGAUUGUGUCCUGGGACAGGUUGGUGUCCCUUGCCUUGUCCCCCAAGUCCUCUAGGAGAGGCUUCAUGUGACCCUGUGUAGGAUAAGCGCUCCAGAAAAUGAAUGGAUGGCUACAUGGCUUGUUUAAUGGUAUUAAAGCAUUUCUUUUAAAAAGGAAACUAUUUUGAACACAAAGCUUUGUCAUCUGGAACUUUAAUAUAAAGAAUUUUAAGAAUAUUUUAAGUCAUACUUUUUUGUUGGCAGUUGACAUCAUCCAGAGGCUUGUAUAAAUUCUGUCAUCCAGGGGCAUUGCUGUCAACAACCUCACCGCUGAAAACUAGGCUUAUUAAGUGUACCUUUCCUCAUGAACUGGUUUGCAGUAAUGGGGCAUCAUUGUGCCUAUUGUAUCCCGAUCCCCCAACCCCAAAUCCACACAUCAGCAUCUCUACACAAACACAAACAUAUUUAUGAUUUGUCUCCACGUCUUCUAUGUUUCCACACAGCAGCAGUGCUCUUUUUCUCUGUAUAAACUGAUCUAUGGUUAAACUAAUGCAUGCAGGGUCUUAAAAUGCAGUACCUGAGUUUGACCCUUAGGUGUCAAUAGCUUGAUAUUGCAUGCUGGAAGUAGUGACCUGACUCUGGUCAUGAUUAGUUUUCUUUGCAUGAGGAGUUGCUGUUAACAACGGAUGGGGUUAAAGAAGAAAUAAAAACUCAUGUUCACCUGUUUUUAAUUUGAUUUUGAUGUACCAAAGUUAAAGAAUGUACAUGAAUGUCUAUAGCAGCUGCUAACAAUUUGGUGAAACUCAGAUCAUGCAUGUUGUUCACACUCAUGUCCAUGUUUGUAUAUAGUUGUAUUAUAU